GUUCCGGUGUGGUUUGGUGGUGUCCCAACCCCCCGUGUGUACCGUUGACCUCGUAUUAUCCCAUUUUCAUUCAUCGAACCCAAAAUCAGUAGUUUAUGUUUGUGUGAAUGGGGUUUGCGAAUUUGUUAAAAAGCAGCAUUGUAACACUAGAACAUUAGCAGGCUUGGUGUAUCUCGCACUCUCCGUGCUCUCUUUGCAAAAUCAAGAAAGUUUUGGUGUCAAAAUAUAUAUACAAGGCUACUCUUACUCUUACAAGUUUCAGAAGAUAACUUUACAAGGCCGACGAUGAAAAUCUUAAACAUGAAUCCUUCAUCAGGCGCGCAGAUAACUCAUAAGCUGUUCGUGAAUUGAGGCCGAAGAAAAAUGGCUGAGGCUGUAGUCUCUUUUGCGGUGGAAAGAAUUGAGGAUUUGCUGAUUCACAAAGCAAAUUUAUUAUAUGGAGUGCGUAGCCAAGUUCGAGGUAUGUUGGCAGAGUUAAGGGGUAUGAGGCCCUUUUUAAAAGAUGCAGAUGCAAGACAAGAUGAACACAAGAGCAUUAGUAAAUUGGUGGUGGAAAUAAGAGAAGUUGCUUAUAAUGCAGAGGAUGUGAUCGAAACUUUUGUAUUUAAAUUUGAGCCGAGGGAAAGACGAGGCAUCAUACACAUCCUCAAGAGAAGUGCUCGCAUCUUCAGUGAAGGCAUAACUUUGUACAAAUUAGGUCUCAGAUUAAAACUAUUCAAAGGCUUAGUGCAAAUUUACCCUGCUUGGGUCUAGAAGCUUUGAUGGAAAUAGACAGUUCAACUUCUCGACACCCAGAGCAGACUUUUUCUCAAGUUGGUGACGAAUAUUUAGUUGGUAUUGAGCGAGACACAGAGAUAUUAGCAGCGCAAUUGGUGAGUGAAGAAGCCGAACACUGUAAGGUUGUUUCAAUUUGUGGCAUGGGUGGUAUUGGGAAGACUACCCUUGCUAGGAAGGUUUACCAACACCCAGAUGUUAGGCGCCGUUUUGAUGCCUUCGCUUGGGCUUUCAUAUCUCAACAAUGGAAGCUAAACGAUGUUUUGCAUAACGUCCUAAUUCAACUCAUUCCAGGGAAGAAGGAUGCGAUUGUGAAUAUGGAAAAUGAUCGGUUAGCCCGCAAACAACUUGAUGAAGUCCAACAACAGAAAAAGUGUUUGGUUGUUCUUGAUGACGUUUGGUCUUCGGAAGGAUUUGAUGAGUUGUCAAAAGUUUUUUCUGACGUAAAUACGAAAAUAAUCCUUACUACUCGUAAUAAAAAAGUAGCAGGGUCUCAAAGUUUUUUCAUCUUCCAGCGAGUCCCUUUAACCACAGCAGAGAGCUGGGAGCUACUUAUGAGAAAGGCUUUCCCCAAAACAGCGGCUGAAGACUUCGAAGACUAUCCAAGGAUGGAGAGAUUAGGAAGGCAAAUGGUUCAAGAAUGCGGCGGCUUGCCGCUAUUCAUUAUAGAACUCGGAGGACGUCUGCGAACAAAGAAGACCUUGAAUGAGUGGAUGACAAUUUAUCGAAAUUAUCAAAUGAUUGGUGGAUCUGAUAAUACUGCAUUGGAUGUGUUAGCUCUAAGUUACCUAGAUUUAUCAUAUAAGCUAAAGACAUGUUUCCUUUAUCUGGGCAUUUAUGCGAAGGAUCAUGACAUAGAAGUAGACAUACUAUAUCAAUUGUGGAUGGCUGAAGGCAUCAUAUCCCGUGAGGACAGAGGAGAAGAAGAAACAAUGAUGGAUGUUGCAGAACGUUAUUUGGGUGAAUUAGCAGAGAGGUCUUUGGUAACAGUGGAAUUUAAGGAGAAGGUUGAGUAUUCAACAAUUACAGAAAGCAAAAGGUUUAAAAGUUGUCGACUUCAUGGCCUCAUGCUAGAUUUAUGUAUGUAUAAAAUACAGGAGGAAAACUUUUUUAAAACCAUUGAUUAUAGGGGCAUAAAUAAUCAAGAAGUGCAUCCAUCUUUUUCAUCCUUAGCAACAUCAACUGAUGGUAGAAAUAGCAAUAAAAUACGCAGACUUGCUAUCUAUCUAGAUGAGAAUAGUGACCUUCCCCUCUUCAACUUCAAACAAGAAGAAAUAGCUCGACCUAUUCGGGCAAUUUUAUUCUUCAUCUGUAGCUACAUUAACUAUCCAUUUGGAGAACAAUUGAUCCAUUUGUGCAAAAAUUCCAAAUGUCUCAGAGUGAUACAUUUCCAUGGAAAAGAAUCAGGUGACUUUACUGAUGGAAAACCAAAAGAGUUACCAAAAGAAAUAGGAAACCUAGUCUUUUUGCGGUAUUUGGGUUUAAAAGAUACUGGAUUCACAAAGUUGCCAUCAUCAAUAGGCAACCUGAAAUACUUGCAAACCCUUGAUUUACGGACCACAGAUGAGAUCAGUGUGCCGAAUGUGCUAUGGAAGAUGGAAAGUUUGGUACAUCUUUAUCUUCCUUAUUACCAUCUAUUUUCUACAGAAGGCAAACUAAGAGUGGAUGGCUUGAGCAACCUGGAGACGCUAGAAAACUUUGCCCCUGAUAAGGUUGAUGUUAAAGGUCUCUUUGAAUUAACCAACCUCCGAAGGCUAGGAGAAGUGCGCAUACAAGGAAAACAAAAGAACUUGCCAGAGGUCGUCAACUACCUCCUUAAUAGCAAGAAACUACAACACACUUCCGUUUUUAUGGAUCAAUGUGAUUUUUGUUCAGAUGAAGAACUACUCCUUCUGAGACAACUAUUUAGUUGUAAAUGCCUUGUUGGAUUGACAAUAAUUGGGAUUAUAGAUAAACUACCAGAAUACAACAGCAAUUGUUAUCAAAGCCUUGCCAGUUUGACCCUGUCCGGUUCACAACUUAAGGGAGAUCCAAUGGCAACACUGGAGAAGAUGCCUAACUUAAGGAUUCUCAUCUUAGUUGAUGCAUUUGCAGGAAAGGAUAAUUUGGUUUUCUCGGCCAAUGGUUUUCGUCAGCUCGAGCGUCUGGGACUCCAUUCUCUGGAAAUUGGGGAAUGGAUGAUGGAAGAAGGAGCCAUGCCUACUCUUUCUUUUCUAAGCAUUGGAUCUUGCAAUAAUUUGAAGAUGCUUCCAGAUGGAUUGAGAUUCAUCACUACCCUCCAGGAAUUGGAUAUUACGGAGAUGCCUGAAGCAUUCAAAGACUGUCUUCGAAUGGUUAACGACAAAGGAGAGGGUCUUCACAAAUUUCAUAUCCCUUCAGUUCGUUUUUCUUAGGUAUCUUAGAAGGGGCUUUGAAGCUGUCCAGGCUGUGUGCAUGUCGACAUAUGCUUGUAGAUGGUUUACAUGUCGACAUAUAUAUAUAGUUCUACUUAAUUUGGUACAGCUUGUUUGGUCAGAGACUUAUAUGGACUGUUAUUUGUUUGGUUCAUUGGAAGACAUUAAAUAUGUGAUUUUUGCAUGUUAAGUUUUCACUUUACUGUUACUAAAGACUUGGUUGGCUGUUCAUACAGCUCAUGUUCUAGCUAAUAAGAUCAGCUAGUUCUGGUAUGUACUUAUUCAGUUUUAUAUAUUUAUAUGUGAACUAUUUUGUUUUUU